UUUCUAACCUUUGCUCCCUUUGCUUUUAAUUUAAAAUACAGAUAAUUUGAGAAAUGUUAUAACGUGGCUUUUUAACUCAAAUACUUGAUAAUUUACAAUGGUAUCAAAGAAAAGACUGAAAAUAGCCUUUAUCCACCCGGAUCUGGGCAUCGGAGGCGCCGAAAGAUUGGUAUUAGACGUUGCCGGCGUCUUAAAAAAGGAAAAACAUGAAGUAAUCUUUCUAACUAAUCAUUUUGACCCCGAUCACGCGUUCGAGGAGCUCAAAAACAAGGAAUUUACGGUAGAAGUCUAUGGAGAUUGGUUACCCAGAAAGAUAUUCGGAAGAUUUCAAGCUCUCUGUGCUUAUAUUCGCAUGGUUUACCUCACCGUAGCUUAUCUUCUGUUAUAUAGAAAACAGCAUCAACCAGACUUGUAUUUUAUAGACCUUAUACCUAUAUCUGUACCGUUUUUAAGAUUAGCAAAUCAAAAAGUCGUUUAUUAUUGUCAUCACCCAGAUUUAUUAGCCUCACCACCAGGAAAUCUUUUGAAAAGGCUGUAUCGCAUACCAAUUGACUGGUUGGAACUAAGAGCAACCGCUUUAGCUGAUAUUAUUCUUGUUAAUAGUGAAUAUACUGCCAGUAUGUUUAAACAGACUUUUCCUCAAAUCAAAAAACCAAUUAAAAUCCUAUACCCCACAGUUGCAUAUUCUUUCCAGCAGAGUGUAAAGAGAAUUAAAGAAAUCAAACCAAUAUGGACAAUUGUACCAGAAAUUACUUUUAAUCCGAUUGUAUUUUUGUCUAUAAACAGAUUUCAUCCAGCUAAAAAACUAGAAUUUGCCAUCUAUGGAAUGGAAAAGCUUAAGAAAAUUUGUAAUCCCACAGAAUGGCAAAGGAUUUACUGUGUUCUAGCUGGAGGAUAUGAUCCAAUAAACAAAACUAACGAAGAGACAUUUAAUCAACUAUCAAAACUAGUGAAGCAGAAAAAUCUUCAAGAUAAAAUUAUUUUUAUCAAGUCACCUUCAGACAAACUUAAAGUAGAUUUACUUACAUCAUGUACGGCUUUGUUAUAUACCCCAUUAAACGAGCACUUUGGUAUUGUGCCCUUGGAAGCUAUGCUGGCUUCAAAGCCGGUGAUUGCAAUGAACAGCGGAGGCCCACGUGAAACAGUAGAUCACGGCAGAACGGGAUACUUAUGUGAACCCACCGCAGAUAGUUUAGCAGAAUUCAUGUACAGGUUAACAAAAGAGGAUUAUCGGAAAAUGGGUAACGAAGGAAGAAAAAGAUUGGAGGCGGGGUUUUCCUAUGAAAACUUUGCUAGGUGUUUAAAUAAUGUGAUUUAUAAAUUUAUUGAUAAAACUAAAAAGUCCAAAUAGUUUUCUGAGAUUUUAUUGUGUAAUAUAUAUUUGUAUCUUAAAAA